AUGACUGAGGCAGAAGCUGGUGCCGUGAACCUGCUCCAGGACCCUGUGACAGGGGAGAUGGUGAGCAAGAGUGAGCUGAAGCGACGACAGAAGCAGCGCCAGAAGGAGGCCGAGAAAGCGGAGAAGGCCAAGACGCAGGCGGCGGCGGCGCCUGCGCAGCAGAAGGCAGGCGCGCACCUCGCUGCGGAGGAGUCGCUCACGCCGAACCAGUACUAUGAGAUGCGCUGCCGCGCGAUCCAAAAGCUGCGCGAGACGCGCAACCCUGACCCGUACCCCCACAAGUUCCACGUGUCGAUGGGUCUGACGGACUUUAUCGAAAAGUACCAGGACAAGGUCGAGGCUGGCGCGCAGCUAGACGAGGUCGUGUCGGUGGCGGGUCGUCUGCACAACAUGCGUGCGUCGGGUCAGAAGCUGCGCUUCUACGACUUGCAUGCGGAGGGCGUCAAGAUCCAGAUUAUGGCGCAGCUGCAGGACCACAAGGAAGGCGACUUCUUCGAGGCGCAUGACCUCCUGCGUCGUGGUGACAUUGUCGGUGUGAAGGGUGUCCCUGCGAAGACCAAGAAGGGAGAGCUGUCGAUCGUCCCGCACUCUAUUCAGCUGCUCUCGCCGAAUCUGAAGAUGCUGCCGAAAGCCUCGGGCGGUGGCUUUACCGACCAGGAGCAGCGCUACCGCAAGCGCUACCUGGACCUGAUCAUGAACCCGCAUGUGCGUGAUAUCAUGGUGGCGCGUGCUCGUACGAUUCAGUACGUGCGUCGCUUCCUCGACUCGCUCGGUUUCCUUGAAGUGGAGACGCCGAUGAUGAACCAGAUUGCGGGUGGUGCGAGUGCCAAGCCGUUCAUUACUCACCACAACGACCUGAAGAUGGACCUGUUCAUGCGCAUUGCGCCGGAGCUGUACCUGAAGGAGCUCAUUGUGGGUGGUCUCGACCGUGUGUACGAGAUCGGCCGUGUGUUCCGCAACGAGUCGAUUGACCAGACGCACAACCCCGAGUUCACUACGUGUGAGUUCUAUAUGGCCUAUGCGGAUAUGUACGAUCUGAUGGACAUCACCGAGAGCAUGGUCUCGGGUCUCGUGAAGGCCGUGACGGGCAGCUACAAGGUGACGUACCACCCGGACGGCAAGGAGGACCCGAAUGGCCGCGUGUUUGAGAUCGACUUUAGCACGCCGUGGAAGCGCUUCGAGAUGAUCCCGGAGCUGGAGAAGCAGCUCAACGUGACCUUCCCGCCGGCCGACCAGCUGCACACCGAGGAGACGCGGCAGUGGCUGAGCGACCUCUGCGCGAAGCACGAGGUGGAGUGCAGCGAGCCUCGCACCGCCACGCGUCUGAUCGACAAGCUGGUCGGCGAGUACAUUGAGUCACAGUGUGUCAACCCGUCGUUCAUCUGUGGCCACCCACAGAUCAUGUCGCCGCUGGCGAAGCGCCACCGUGAGAUCCCCGGUCUGUGUGAGCGUUUCGAGGCGUUUGUCGCGACCAAGGAGAUUGCCAAUGCGUACACAGAGUUGAACGACCCGUGGGUCCAGCGCGAGAACUUUGAGGAGCAGGCGCGUCAGAAAGAUGCCGGUGACGACGAGGCACAGGGUAUCGACCAUGUCUUUAUCGAUGCGCUCGAGCAUGGUCUGCCGCCGACCGGUGGUUGGGGUCUCGGUAUCGACCGCCUGGUCAUGUUCCUCACCGACUCAAGCACCAUCAAGGAAGUGCUGGCAUUCCCUGCCAACAAGCCCGAACAGAACUAA